GCUUGGGCGCAGCCCAGGGCAGAGGGCACUCCUGAGCUGGGAAAACUGCAGUUCCCGGCAUGCUCUGCCACGGGUGCGCCUGCGUAUGGGAGCUACUGCGCCUAGGAGCGGGUUGGUUUAAAACGCUGUGUUAGUUCCAUGGAAACCCGCCAGCCUGCAGCAGUACGGAGCCUCAGGCGCACGGAUGGACUGUGGGGUGAGGCUCCCUGGCCCUGGGCGGGUACAUAUGGAAACUACAGUGUCCAGACCGGUCCUUUCUCCAACCCACAUCAAUGCUACAGCUUCUGAAACAUUCACUGUACUUCAGCAGAGGAUGAGAAUAGUUGAGGAACAAACCAGUUCACUGAGGGAUGACCUAAUAAUGUUGGACUUUUGUGAAGAAAGAGGCCAGUUGGAAACUCCAAGCUGUUUAGAAGACCUGGAGAGCCAGAAAGUCAUUAGUCCUAUUCAAAAUGAAGUAAUUUGUGCAGGAAAAACUGACAUUUUAUGGAAGAACUGUGAGUUUCUGGUAAAUCGAAUGUGCCGUCUUGAAAGCCUCAUUCAGUCCUUGAAGAUGAACAUCUUUCGCCUGCAAACUGAAAAGGAUUUGAAUCCUCAGAAAACAGCUUUUCUGAAAGAUCAACUGAAUACAGUACAGGACGAGCAUUCUAAGGACCUGAAACUGUUACAUCUCGAAGUUAUGAAUUUGCGCCAGCAACUGAGAGCUGUAAAAGAGGAAGAAGACAAGGCACAAGAUGAGGUGCAAAGGUUGACUGCCACUCUGGAGAUUGCCUCGCAAACAAAGAAGAAUGCAGCCGUUAUUGAAGAGGAACUGAAGACCACAAAACGUAAAAUGAACCUUAAAAUUCAGGAGCUAAGGAGACAACUGGCUCAGGAGAAGUACCUUAGGGAAUCUUUAGAGAAAUCAGGAUCAGCCAUGCUCCUCAAAAUACAAGAAAUGGGAUCAACAGUGGAGGUAGAACGAAAACAGGUGCACAUUUUGCAGCAAAACUGCAUUGCUCUACGCGAUUCUAUACAGAGCACUCAAGAACUACUGGCCCAGGAACAGAAAAAAAAAGAAGAGUUGGAGACUGCUACUUCACAGCUCAAAUCUGAUCUAAUUUCUAGAGAUGAUCUCAUUUCCAAAUUGGUUGAAGAAAAUAAGAAUGUGCAGAUAUCUUUCAACAAGGAACACAAAGAAAAUGAAUAUUUGAGGUCUGAAAUAAUAUCUCUUCAUGAAGCAUCAGAAAAAACACAAGUUUUGAAUGACCAAUUGACUAAAAAGUGUUCAGAGCUGAGCUGCACACUUCAGACUGUUAGUAUGGAGAAAGCCAGAAUCAUUGCUGAGCAUCAGGCCAUUCUGCAGGUAGAGCAGAAAAUGAUGACGCAGACAUUUCAAGAACAAAACUUACUGCUGGAUGCAGCCCAUGCCAGUAUCACAAAUGAACUACAGACUGUUCAGAAUGAGAAAACCCAACUCCAACAACAUCUGGAUCAUUUAAUCCUUGAGCAUAACCAGUGUAUCCAGAAAGCACAGGAUGCUGAAAAGAGAACAUCUGUGCAAAAAGAGCUGCUAGAAUCAACUAUUGCAAGAUUGCAAGGUGAAUUGGAAGCAUCAGUGCAAGAGAAGAAGUUUCUGCUAGAGGAGAAAGAAAGAUUUCAGAGGGAGGUAGACAUAAACACAUUAACCCAGAACCUGCAGACUCUUGAAGAAGAGAAUAAGCAACUGGCAGAUCAAAUGGCUUCCCUAGAACUUCAGCAAGUCACUUCUGAUUACCAUGGGCUUGUCCAACAGAAGGUGGAAAAUGUCUUGGGAAAAAUUACUGAAAGUAAAAAUAAACUGGCCUAUGAAAAGGGAAAACUCCAGAUAAAAGUUAAACAGCUAGAAGAACAAGUACAAUCUUUUACUGACACCAGCUUACAGAAUGACCAACUACGAAAGUUGAAUAAGGUGCUACAGGCCAAAUAUGUUCAGGUGAAAUCUAUUCUUGAAAGAAGUAAAGAGGAGCUGUCCCGAACAGUGAAGUGUCGUAACGCAGCCCUGAAAGAGAGUCAGAAGUUGAAAGAGGACCUGGAGGCUAUGGAGGACAGGGAAAACAAGAAGGUGGGAAACUUUCAGCGACAAUUGGCGGAGGCUAAAGAAGACAACUGCAAAGUCACAAUCAUGUUGGAGAACGUCCUGGCUUCUCACAGUAAGAUGCAAGGUGCUCUGGAGAAAGUACAAAUAGAGCUUGGGCGGAGGGAUUCAGAGAUUGCAGGCCUCAAGAAAGAAAGGGAUCUCAAUCAUCAGAGGGUGCAGAAGCUGGAAGCUGAAGUGGACCAGUGGCAGGCCAGGAUGCUCGUCAUGGACGACCAGCACAACAGUGAGAUUGAAUCUCUACAAAAAGAUCUAGAUGUAGCUAGAGAAGACAACAGGAAACUGGCUAUGAGUCUGGAACAAGCUCUCCAGACAAAUAAUCAUCUGCAAACAAAGCUAGAUCAUAUGCAAGAGCAAUUAGAAAGCAAAGAACUUGAGCGACAGAAUCUGGAAACCUUCAAAGAACGGAUGACUGAAGAGUCCAAAGUGGAAGCAGAAUUGCAUGCUGAACACAUAGAAACUCUAAGAAAGCAGUUUCAAACCGAGAGAGAAACUGCAAAGAAAGUGGCACAACGGGAAGUGGCUGAGCUGAAGAAAGCCCUUGAUGAAGCUAACUUCAGAUCAGUGGAAGUGUCCCGGACCAACCGAGAGCUGCGACAGAAACUUGCAGAGCUAGAGAAAAUGCUAGAAAGUAACAAGGAGAAAAUAAAGAAUCAGAAGGCCCAAAUUAAGCUCCACUUGUCAGCUAAGGCGAACAAUGCUCAGAAUAUAGAAAGGAUGAAGCAAAUAGAAACAGAAUUGAAGCAAAUGGAGCUAAUUAAGGAUCAAUAUCAGAAAAAAAACUUUGAACAGUCUUUGAGUAUCCAGAGAUUCGUGUGUGAAAUGACUAACCUGCAGAAAGAGAUGCAGAUGUUGGCCAAGAGCCAAUAUGAUGCCUCAGUACGGAAUAAACAACAGGAGCAGCACCUAGAAGCAGAGCGGAAAAUAAGGCAGGAGCUAGAGAAUCGGUGCCAGAAAUUAGAAGAAACUGUCAGACACCUGAAGAAAUGUAAAGAGGCAACAGAGAAUAAACUGAAAGAAGCCAGUGUCGAAUCAGAACAGAUAACAGCUAACCUGGAAGAAGCUCAUCGCUGGUUUAAGCACAGGUUUGAUGGUCUACAACUUGAGCUGACAAAAAACCAGUUACAGAGGCCUUCCGGGGAAGACAGGUGUCAGGAAGAGGACCAAGAUGUAAGACAUGAUGUCAUGUCCAGUCAAUGUGUUCUGCGUCGAUGGGAGAAAAAACAGAAUCUUAGGCCCAUGCCUAAGAAGUAUCAUUCUGAGGUACAGAGGAAGUGAUGUCCUUGACAAGGGCACUUCUUCAUGUGUAGCUCCACUCCAUGAUUCCACGAGCCCAGCAGCCAGGGCUGUCCUGUUUCUACAGUCAUAAGAACGUGAAGUCUUUGAUGUGGGCUGAAGAUUUCAGACCUGAGUUUAUAAUUUUAUGAACUCUUAUAUUAGUACAAAACUACUCCUUUUUUUGUGUGUGUCCCUUUUCACAUUUUCCACCCAAUAAAUUUAUGUUAAUUUGUUGAAUGAUAGGAGAUGGUGUUGCAUGAUUCUUGUCUGUUUUUCUAACAAGUAUGUUUUAUAAAAAAGUUUUUAGCAAGGUUCUAAAUGAUAUUGCUACUAAAUGAUAUGAUACUUUGUUUCAAUGAUGUGUCCUACUCCAACAUGUAGUAGAUAAUUCCUGGAAAUAGAAUUGUGUGAAAAAUGGUA